UAAUGACUUCAUGUGGUAAAGUUUAGCUAAUGACCUCAUAUUUAUAUAUACGUCUUGAUGAGUUUAAAAUGGAUAUCUAGGACUUUUUUAGGCAACGUAUUUUACCAUGUCUUGAAUGUGUACUCGGUGAACCCAUUUUUGACCUCAAGAUUGGGCCGUUAGCCCGAAACAGCAGACGAAUCACCUUCCGAACUGCGGACAAAGUUGAAGUUUGUAGCAGACUGACACAGUUUCCAUAGAACAAGUCGUUAUGAAGUUUAAAGUCAGAAAGAUUAAACUUGAUGUACAUCUUUUUAGGAAGAAAACUUAGAAGCUGUUCCAGUAGUUGACCAGCAACAGGAUAGAAAAUGAAUGUGAACGGGUUGAGGAUGUGCCUCGUGCUUCUGUUUGGAGAAAGAGAAGAAAAGCCAGAACACCCCUGGAGGCAACCUGAGUAAACAGACACCCGAGUAGAGCAGAUACCAGUCUUAGGACACAGUCAUGUGAAUGAACAUCUGAGCAAUUUUUGAAACAGAUUUCCUUCUUUAAAAAAGUUGCCAAAAAGUUGUAAAGAUGUUUUUUAAGAUUUCUUCAAGCUUCAGAAACGGUUAAGAAAUCCACCUGUUACAUAGUGGUAGUUGAGGAAAAUGGGGAUUUUAACAUUAGGUGUUUAAAAAUAAAACCACUACGCCAUGUACACAUUUAUGGACCAGCUUGUGGACUGUGAGGCUCUGGACUCCAGUGACCAAUGCGGAGAAGAGGCUGAGGUCGAGAGUCAGGAGGAGGAGCCUGUGUGGAAUCUUGUAGACUGUGACUCUCUUGUAGAACUCCUCAAAGCAGGUCUUGAGAAGGUCCUCCUAAUUGACAGCCGUUCGUUCCUGGAGCACAACACGUCACGGAUCCAACAGUCGGUCAAUGUCUGUUGUUCCAAGUUGGUCAAGCGCAGGCUUCAACAGAACAAGAUCCAUAUUAAGGAGUUCCUGACUCAGACAUGCCAUAUAGACAUUGAGGAAUACAGUGAUGUUAUUGUGUACGACCAGUGUACAGAGUUACCUGCCCUUCUCACCAGUGACAACUUUCUUAUCGUCCUUCUACGAAAACUCAUGACCUGUUCUUUGUUUAAAAGUGUGGCUUUGUUAAAAGGUGGAUAUUUGGCUUUUCAAGCCAUGCAUCCAAUGUUGUGUGAAAACAAAGGCACAAGCAGCUACAAAUGUGCUCCCAUGACAUCACUGUCCCAGCCAUGUAUGCCUGUCAGCAAUGUGGGGCCCACUCGGAUACUAUCCUUCCUAUACCUGGGCUCACACCGUGAUGCCAUGUCUCAAGACAUCAUACAGGUGAAUGACAUUUCCUACAUACUGAAUGUGAGCACCACCUGUCCCCAGCCCCCCUUUAUACAAGAGGGACACUUCUUCCGCAUUCCAGUCAACGACAACUAUAGUGCUAAGAUGAUGCCAUUCUUCGAGGAAGCAUUCCAAUUUUUAGACAAAGUGCGAGAGGCCAAUGGCUGCGUGCUGGUCCACUGUUUAGCCGGAAUCUCGCGGUCACCAACACUAGCCAUCGCUUACGUCAUGAAGCAUUUAAACAUGUCCUCUGAUGAUGCUUACAGGUACGUCAAGGACAAAAGACCAACGAUCUCUCCGAAUUUCAACUUCUUGGGACAGUUGUUGGAAUUUGAAAAGAAUUUCAGAAAUAAUGAAGAAUCAAAGCCUAAAAGAGACACAUUUAGUCGACCAAGCGAGGUGCGAAAUGUGUCUAUGGCAAUGGACUUGCGUAGCCCUUCAUCACCUGUGGCUAAACUUAAAAAACCAUUCUCAUUUGAUCUGAUGGGUUCUUCUAUGGCCACUCAGGAGGCGUCUUUACCUUGUUCUGGACAUAAAAGGGAUAAUAAUGACAACCUGCCUUUUGCUGAAGGUAGAGGAGGUGACUUAGUUCUCGGACUGUCCCAGCCAAUCAGAAGCAUGAAGAGAUCGGUGUCGCACAACUUUGACCUUGGCCAUACAGGACGUGACUUCAACAUGAGUUAUAAUAGUGCUGUUAAAAUGAACACUGUUAGUGACAAGUCAGACCAGUCCCAAUGUAGUCCAAAGACAUUCAGUCGUGGCUCUAGUUCGUUCGCUCAGGCUCUUCAUCCACACUGUGAAUCUCCAGUUGCCAUGACACCAUGUUCAGAAAUGCCUCCAUUCCCAUUUGGACUUACAAAUGUAAGUUCAUCAAGUAUUGCUUGUCCGGAAUCUCUCAAUAAAGAGAACAACACAGAAACAGAAAGUCAAGUAAUUGCUUCAUCUCCUCGCUCAAAAACGGCUGGCAUGCGGACAUUUACAUUACCCCUGUCGCCUGUGACACUACCAUCUCAGAACCUUGUGACAUCUGUAAAUGCCUCUACCACUGAAACAAGCAGCAGUAGUUGUAACAAUUCUAAACAUGUUGUGAUAGAACGGAAACGCACAUUAGUUACUUCUCCUUUAUCUGUUUCACCUGGAAGAAAAUUCUCCAAGCCUUUCACAUUACCAUUAUCACCAGUACUGUCACCAUCCGUUGAUGACGUUCAGAAAUCUACAAUUCAGUCGGUGUCCCAUAAACCAUCAAGACCUUGUGAUUUGUCCAUUUCUAUAGAACCACCCUCAGAACAGUCCAGUAAAGGAGACUCCGGAUCUGUUUCUAUGGCAACCGAUUCACCAUCACCCUCGUUACAGAAGUCCAGUAUUCUUGAUUUAGAUAGGACAAUUACGGGGAAAAACUCUGUAGAGGUGACAAAGCAUUUAGUGCACGAUACAGAGGUGUCAUCUAGCUCUACAUCAGUGAUGUCUCAAAGUUUUGUGUCAUCUAAACGCAGAAUCUCCACCAAAGCAUUCCAUCUGUCCUUAUCUCCUAUAACACUCCCUUCACCAGAAUCUAACAGCCGCACAUUUAUAGACUCAAGGAAUUCAGUUUCUAAUGAAGGAGACCAAGACAAAUUACCCUCAAGGCAUAGUGUGUCUUUAUUGGAACAAGAAAAGGGUUCCCUCAUAACCCUUGGAUCAUCUCAUGAACAUACUAAGUUUGGCAAAGCGAAUCGUGUCAACAGAUCUCUAGGUAUGACAUUGUUAUCAUCUGGAAAUGAAAAAAUGGAUGUGUCCACUUCUGACAGUAAGGAAGCAUCCAAUGACAAAAACAGUGCAAUGUAUUCACCAUUGAGGCCAGCAGAACUGAACUGCUUUUCAGAUAAUGAAUUUUCAUCAUUAGAAACAAUGACAAUGAAAGAUUUUUCAGGAUUCAAUAGCAGGGAAGUUAAAACUUCUACUGCUACUACCAUCCCAAAACUUCGACCAACAUUCUCCUUACAGCUCGGAAUGGCACCAAUAGUAUCUCUGAAAUCAGACACGACAGAGAGGCUUAAGAAGAGUGCAGUGAGUAGCACUGUGUCGUCAUCUGUGUCUGGCUCAAGUCCAAUACCAAGUGACAAUGGUAGUAAAUCGUCCCAAGAGCAGACAACAUCUAAAAAACUGGGGCUGGGGAUGAGUCAGUUGUGUCCAGCUGCUGCAGCUUCUCAGACUAUCCAGUCCCCAUCUGCAGCACUUGCUCGCCUCCAUUUUGAAACUGCGAUCUCAGAGCGGACAGAAACUGUCACAGUGGAAAACAUUUCAGAGGCUAUCAAUUUCCCAUCUACCUCUCUGGACAAAUUGAACUUUACGCCCUGUUUUGCGAAAUCACAUUCUUCAUCGCCAUCUUUAUCACCAUUAUCAUCAAUGUCACCUUCACUGCCAGUAACUACCAGUAUUACAGUGUCGUCAGCGGGCAGUAGCAAUUCAAUGGACAUCGGCUCUCCUCUUGACUCUCCCUUGGUAGUCAGCAGCACACUAUCCUCAUCAACAACAGCUCCUUCAACCUCAAAGGUCAUGCUCAGGUCAAAGGGUAAUAGGGCAAAAAAGUCUCUGGUACGGCCUGCCAGUAUAGCGUUUUCUACCUAUCCUACAUGUGACCUCGGAUCAGACUGUCAGGAGUCGCCUAGCUCUGGGAGUAAUACAUCACAAGAUGAUGCAUCUGAUAUGUAUAUGGUACAGAAUGGAAAGCGAUCAAAGCCUUCUGUGGACUCAGAUUGUGCAACCCGCAGUCAUUAUGGACGUUACUCUGAACGUGAGGUUUACAAACAAAUCACAGCAGCCAUGGAAAGUGCCAUGUUUAGGACACAAGUGUAUGAGGCAAGUAGGAAAACACGUAGCAUGGAUGACAUUCUAAACGGAGAACAGGAACUUUCAGAAUCUGACUGUAUUUGUACACCAUUUGGAAAGAUUCCACGGCGAUGUGCAGACAGAAUGUCUUCAACAGCACUGUUUGAGAAUUUGCCUUGUCGUUGCCGAGGGGGACAGGAUAUCUACCAAUCGAAUAGCAGCAUAUCAUCGAGCGGCAGUCACAGCUCACUACACGGCAGCCUAGAAGUCAUUCAGGGACAAGACCAGGUGGAGGAAGGGUUUGGACAUAUGGCUACACAGUCUCCUAGUGGUUGGAUCUGGUGUACUCAGCCUCCGUAGCAACCUGCGCAGGUAAAAGCCAUCAUGUGACAGCACUGUCCCAUUGAUCCUCCUGCACGGCAGAAAUUCUCAGGACUACAACUGUCAUCGUCACGUCAAUAUUUGUCUACACUUAGUCCCACCUAGUAUUAUGAGGGUUAGUGCCUUACACAGAAGAAAUACGGAAUAUCAUGUGAUUCAUGCCAUAACUACCUGAACAUGGUUAAGUUGUUUCUUAUUUUUUGUCACAUUCUUUUCAUACAGAGCGUAAAAGGAACUGUUUGACAGAUGUACAUACAGAGAUUGUCAAUGUUAGUGUAAUAAGGUAUUUGUUCAACAUUUUCAUUGUCUCUCGCACGUUACUGAAUUCACAAAUUUUAAGAUAUUUUUUUUAAAUACUACUAGAAUUUGUUACUUAAUACUAAAACACUUCCCAAUCAGGUAGUACAUUACUGUUAUUAUUGUCCAGAUUGUUAAAGUUAAUUUUAGUUUAAAAAUAGGAAUUAAAGUGUUGCUCAGGUGAAAGAUAUAUUGUUAUGUCUGUUUCAACACUAGAAACAGUAACAUACCUCAGCUUUACUUACAGGGCCUCUCCUUAAUUUGGAGGAUGGUGUUUUACGUGUAGUUCAUUAUAUUUCAUUAGAAUUUUGUUUAUCUAGACUUGGAUUGUCGAAAGUACACUUGAUUUUACUUGCUAAUGAUUUCGAAAUUUGUACCACAUAACGGAAAAUUUCUGGAAAAUGCUGAAUUUUACUUAUUUGGCACAAAUUAAGGUCGGCUCUAGUGUUGAAAGUACUAUCACAAUGCUGUCCCAUGUAACACCACUUACUGAUAAAUCUUAUAUACUUAUUCUCUUAAAUGUGUUGUUCUGGAAUUGUUUAAAAGGCGUACAUUGAGUUUUCAUGAUAAUGGGAAGCUGAUCCAACAGGGUUUUAUGACCCUUCAUUAUACAUUAUGUACAUGUACCCAGAUAGUAAGCCAGGUUUGGAUGUCACUGUGACAACUUACAGACGAAGGUGAACAGUAACAUACUGUCUAGUUUGAUUUAACAUAUCUCAAUUUAAUUUUUUCAAAACAUAACCAGUCAAGAAACAUUAUGUAAUGUUGCGUACAGGUAUCAUGAAAACAUAAGCACUGUAGUUCUAUCAGUAUGAAUGACAGGGCAAGGUCAAAGCAGAGAUGUAUAUGUUUGUACAGGUUUUAUACGUCUCUGGUCAGAGGGACCAACACUUUUUUAGCGCCAUUGUACAAAGCAAAAAACAGAUUAAAAAAUACAUUCAAAAGAUUUUAAGUAAAUCUGAGGUAAAGGGCAGAUUUAGACCAAUUAUGUAAGUUUUAUAACCUCCCCUUGGUCAUUCUGACACAGUGAGGGAGAAUUUGACAUAUUUGGAAAUGUGAAUAUUAAUGGAGUUGGCCCAAAUGUAUGGAAGUCAAUGUAAAUCAACCCUCUUAAUGUCAUGUACCAUUAACAGAGGACAAUGUGACAUUAAGUGAAAUGUGACAUUAACAGAAUACUAUUCCUCUGUGAAGACAUUUCUAUAAAAAUCAAAGUAUAUAUGCAUGAAUGUAACUUUUUAAAACAUUAGAUUUUAAAUACUACAUACAUAGCAAUUAUUACCUCGUGUCGUAAUAAAACAAAGCUCACUUACACCUGUACUGUUUGUUUGGUUUGUUGUUUAAUUCAAGCCAAGGUAAGAAACUAUCAGGGUCAUUACAAAAUAGUCACCAUUGUUUUUAUGGAUUUAAACAUGUAAAUUUUACAUGUGAUAUUUUGGUAAACUGGUGAAAGGACAUGAUAUAAAGAGGAGUUAAUUACAUGAUAUUAAGAGGAGUUUAUGUCCAAUAACAUGUUAUAAAGCAAACCAAGUUAAAUAAAAUAUAUUUAUAGAAAGAAAAGUUUUGCUGAAAGAAACCUUGGUAAUAACUUAACUCAUUUACCACUGAAAUUUCAUAAUGAACUAGCCCAACCUUUGAAUUGGAAUAGUUCAAAUGUGUCUUCAGUGGUGAAUGAGUUAAAUGUGAUAUUUAGUAAAAUCAGCUGCACAUGCAGCAAUAUUUGUACAUGCAGAAAGAUUUUAUAUAAAACAUAAAAAAAAGUUUUUCCUAGAUUUAAGGAUUAAAACCCUAUAGAAUUAUUGUUGUAAUUUUCCAUUGUGUAUUUCUGAUAAUUACUAUUAAUGAGUUGAUGUUUUAAAUAAUCAAGGAAUGUGUAGUAGACUCUGUAGUUGUAGUUAAAAAGAUGUUUGAGCUCUUUUAGAUUCUGUAGUAAUAAAUGAUAAAAAAAAAUUAACUAUACCAUUUAAGUUUUUCUGGUUAUUUUAUUUUAGGACAGAUUUCAUAUUGAAUUAAAUACUACAUCCAUGAUGUUGGAUGGCUAUUUUGUUUUAAAAUGAAUCUGCAAUAAUAUUUAGGAUAAGGGGAGGCAACCAAAUCAGUAUCCCUCUGUCACAGCCAAAAUACUAUGGCCAGCUUCAUGCAGAAGAACUUGGUUAUCUUAAUUGUUAAUUGUUUUUUGGUCUUUUUUUAAAUUAUUAAGAAUGCUCUUGAAUUAAAAUUUCUGAAUACAUAAUUAAUAUUAUGUUUUAAAUUGAAUAAAAAAUACAGAGUCUUUGAACUUAGAAAUUGAUUUAGGGGAUUUCAAGACUUUGAUUGUAAGGAUAUAUGAUAUAUAAGAUUUCAUCACUGUGUUCCAAGAAAAAAAUCAAGUUGCAUCACUAGAUUAUAGAUUCGGUAUAGAUUGUUAGCUUACCUCUCAGUGACCACAAGCUUUACCUGACCCAGUUAGCUUACCUCUCAGUGACCACAAGCUUUACCUGACCCAGUUAGCUUACCUCUCACUGACCACAUGCUUUACCUGACCCAGUUAGCUUACCUCUCACUGACCACAAGCUUUACCUGACCCAGUUAGCUUACAUCUCACUGACCACAAGCUUUAUCUGACCCAGUUAGCUUACCUCUCGCUGACCACAAGCUUUACCUGAUCCAGUUAGCUUACCUCUCACUGACUACAAGCUUUACAUGACCCAGUUAGCUUACCUCUCAGUGACCACAAGCUGUACCUGACCCAGUUAGCUUACCCCUCAGUGACCACAAACUUUACCUGACCCAGUUAGCUUACCUCUCAGUGACCACAAGCUUGACCUGACCCAGUUAGCUUACCUCUCACUGACUACAAGCUUUACAUGACCCAGUUAGCUUACCUCUCAGUGACUUCAGCCUUUACCUGACCCAGUUAGCUUCCCUCUCAGUGACCACAAGCUUUACCUGACGCAGUUAGCUUACCUCUCAGUGACCACACGCUUAACCUGACCCAGUUAGCUUACCUCUCAGUGAUCACAAGCUGUACCUGACCCAGUUAGCUUUCCUCUCAGUGACCACAAGCUUAACCUGACCCUGUUAGCUUACCUCUCAGUGAUCACAAGCUGUACCUGACCCAGUUAGCUUACCUCUCACUGACUACAAGCUUUACAUGACCCAGUUAGCUUACCUCUCAGUGGCCACAAGCUCUACCUGACCCAGUUAGCUUACCUCUCAGUGAUCACAAGCUUUACCUGACCCAGUUAGCUUACCUCUCAGUGACCACAAGCUUUACCUGACCCAACUUCUUAACUGCCUUGUUAAAGGGCUGCUUUAGAACUUGUGUGUAACGCCUUGUCAUCAUGAUGUUUUCAUCUCCUAUUCAGGGGCUUUUCAAAGGGAGAUAAUGCAUAUGUUCAUCUAAAAUACACACUAUGCAUCAAUACCAUAUCAGAAUAGGCAUUAUCAUUCACUUAAUUCUUGUAUUAAAUGUGUAAACUGAAGAAGAGAUCUUUUUUUUAUAUAUAAUUGUAUCAUUGUAAGAUUGUUGAUUAGAAGUGAAGAAAUCAGAUGUUAGAUACCCUUAUGUAAAAUUAGUGAUUCUCUGAUCACCUCAUUUCUUCUUUGUUUUGUUAUAUUGAAUAUCAAACUGGUUUUUUUUCUCUAAUCAUAUCAUUACUUAUCAACACAUGGUACGCAAAAACAUUUGAAUUGCAAAUAUUUAAGGGUUAAGAUCUCAUGUUUUCUACAGUAUUUAAUUAAGAUGUUUUGAAUAUGUCUAUUUGACAGGGUAUGCACAAUAAACACAAUUACAGUCAAUAUUUCACAUAACUAUUUGUUUUUGUAUUGAUCAUGUUGGUCUUGUAUUCAUAAUGUUUGAUUUUGUAAACAUUGGUAUAUGUGCAAUUCCUGUAAUUUAUUAUAAAAUAUUGGAAAGUAUUAUUUUCAAAUGCAAACUCUAGUCUAUGAUCACCUGAUUUAAGUGCAUUAUACACAAAACUGCAUGCAUGGAGGCAAAAUAAGUUUGUUUCUUAUCUUCUCAGCCUGAUGACUUUUAUCUCACAAUUUACCAAUUAUUGUUUGGAAAUUAUGGAAAAUGUUUUUGUGUAAAUUAUCAGUAGAAAGGAGAUGUUGGUGAUGAUAUCAGUAUUUCAUUUUGCAGAUUAUAACAAUUUGUACCUGUCAUUCUGGAUAAAACAUCUUUUUUUAUGAGUGAUCAAUGCAAUACAGAAGUAGGCAUCUUCAAUCAUGUUUUACUUAACAUUUUUUAUAUUUAACACAAUAUUGAAUGAUUUAUUUACACACUGCAGUGUUUGUGUUUCUGGUCAGGAGUAUCCAAAGCUAUUCCCUCCUAUAAUAGUGUGUAUGGAUGAGUUGGAUGUUACUUACCUGUUUAAACAGUUUCCAAGGUUACCAGGUAGAAGUCAUGUAGUGUUUUUGUGUAUGAGAACUUAUGGAGUUGUUAGGAAAUAUUGAUAUGUAUAUUGUGAAAAGUUGUUUGUGAUUUUCUACUCUAGCACUGUCCUGUUACAUUUGAACCACAUAGCAGAAUAUAUAGAAUUUUCUCAUUAGAUUUUCCCAUUUAUAUAAAAGCAAAAUUACCAUACCAUGAUAUUGUGUCUUAUUUACUAUAAAACAUUUCUUGGUUAUCUUUUUCAUCAACCUUGAAUAAAAAUCUUUUUGAUUUCUUGGGACCAAUUUGGUGCCACCAUAUUAGAUAUCUCAAUGUAAAACUGACCUAAGAGGUUCAGUUCUUUCGUCGGGACUUUGUAUACAACCUAAGUCAUGCCUAAUUAGCCAGUGUGCAUCCAUUUUACAACACAAAUUUUCAUCUGUGUGCAGUACGGGUAAAUCUCUCCAAUGAUGUACGGUCAUGGUAUGGUAAGUUUAUUCUCUUUUGUCAUGAAACCUGACUUGAUGGAGGAUUUGUUUGCUGUAAACUCUGAAGAAAACACAAUCAAUUAUAGCCGUUUUAUAUCUUCUUCAAUAUAUAUUUUCUGGAAAUUCCAUUAUUUCUUGUAAAAUUACAAUUCCGUCUUUUCGUAUUGCAGAGUUAUCUGCUCUUGUGAGCAGGUAUUGAUUGUUAUGUCAUUUGUUUA